UGGAACAUUUUAAAUGAUUCAAUUGAAUGCAAAAGGAUGAAAAACAGUAUAGGUUUAUCCGUGAAUAGUUUCAAGAAAAAUAUACCCACUAUUUUAUGUAGUCAGAAAAACAAAGUCAUAUGGAAAAGUGUUGCAGUGUUUACUCAUGAAAUAAUAUGGAAAUAACCUGUUUUAUCAAUGCUGAAUUGCCGAAUCUACUUUUCUUCGCAAACUUGAAGAACUACUUAGAUAUUAAUGCUUCAAUCAUAAUUUUAGGAAGAACAAAUGAGAUUAUUAACAGAAUGACACUACAUCAAGAUAUUUCAAGAAAAUCAGCAUAAGUAUUUCAUGUACAGAGAGAAAAGCUGUAAAGUUGUUGGAAAAAGUUUUUAUUAGAAAAUUAGUAAUUCAGAUUUACAAUGACUGCUGUCACAGAAUUGAAAUUAAAUUACCUGUGCCGAUUUUGUGCCUCCAAAAUAGAUAUUCUCAUGGGUUUGCCCAUUUUCGAAGAGAACGAACAAAGUAGGAGUCUUAAUAAAAAAAUAUCUACUUGUCUGCCAGUUAAAGUAUCAUCAACUGAUCAGUUGCCAAAAAUAAUAUGUGGCGAGUGUGCCUUCAAAGUAGAUGAAUUGUUUGAUUUUCAUGAAAAAGUAUUACAGACUGAGAACCUGUUCACUCAAAUGAUAAAAGCCUUACAAAUUUUGCAAAAUUCAAAUGCCAUAAAACAAAAUAUUCAAAGUGAUAUUCUUACUAUACCUGUGUUAAAUAGUAUUGUACCUACUAAUGGACGACAAGUCAUACAGACGGGAAUCAUCAGAGAUGAUAAUGAGGUGGAUGUUUUUCAAUUAGACAAGGAAACUGCAAGAAUGUUUGAUGAGCACAUGAGACAGCUCAAAGUGACGAACCAGGAUAUUACAAUGCAUCUGGAUAACAACAUUUCGAUAAACUUAGUGAACAGUCACUUGGACCCAAUAGACAUUAAUAGUUUCGUAACGUCAUUAGCCUCUAACUCGUCCCAAACAAAUGAUGAACAAAUCACAGAUAACUGCAGGGACAUAGAAAUUAAUUUGAAAGAAAAAAACAUCCCAGAGAAUAUUGGCAAGCAUCAAUCCAGAGAGAACAAUGAGCAGGAUAAUAUUUGCAAUGAAGCUUCAAUUAAUAAUGGCUUGGUGCCCUCGUUUGAAAUACCGUCAGUGAGCCAGGAUGACAAAAUCGAUGAUCCACUUGUUCAAUACACUAAAAGCGCCAAAGACGAUCUCAUUGCGAGCGUGAUUAAUAAUCCAUCAGUUGAUCAGGCCAGCAACACUUGGUACGUCUGUCCGUUUUGCAAUGAAGUAGCGGCAGAAGCAAAGUAUUUGACUGAACAUUUCGUGAAACACUUUUGUUGCUGUCCCAAGUGCGAAUUAUAUUUCACGAGCGUGGACGCAUUGAAUCUCCAUAUUCAGAGCUGUCUUGAUCUACAAAACAACGCAGAUGUCGAAAAUUCGAAAAAUGUAGAGAAGAAAGUUACAGAACAUUCGCAACCUAAAGGGACUCCAAAAGUCUGCUCGAUAUGUGGUAAACAGUACAGGACGAAUUACAAACUGCAGGAACACAUGCGAAAGCACACUGGCGAGAAGCCGUUCCAUUGCACACAUUGCAACAAAUCAUUUAGGAGCAAGAUCGGCUUGGCUCAGCACACAGCCACUCACACAGGUCAGUUUGCGUAUAGCUGCUCUACUUGUGGCAAAGGAUUUCAGUGUAAAAGUUACCUGAUCGUUCAUCAACGAGUGCAUUCAGACGCCAAGCCAUAUUCCUGUACUACCUGCAGUCAAAACUUUAAAACCAAGCAGUCACUGUUAGAUCACGAAAAUCGGCAUGCGGGCGUUAAACCGUACACAUGCGAGAUAUGCGGGAGAAGUUUUAUUACAAAAGGUCUGUGUAAGAGUCACGAGAAAAUACAUUCGGGUCUUGACAAUCGACAAUAUCCGUGUCAUAUUUGCAACAGAUAUUUUGUGAGUAAAAGUUACCUGGCAACACAUGCGCUCAUACACACAGGUGACAAACCAUAUCUCUGCGAGUGUUGUGGUAAAGGUUUUCUCACAAAGAUGGAUUUAAAGAUCCAUAUGACGAUGCACACAGGCGAGAAAAAUUUUAAAUGCGAUAUUUGCUCGAAAGACUUUGCGCGUCGCUCGGCCCUACGAUGCCACAAACGAUCUCAUACCGGAGAACGACCUUACCGCUGUGAAAUAUGUGGUAAAACCUUCACACAAUUCAGUCCUAUGGCAAUACAUAAACGAUUACAUACAGGAGAACGACCUUACGAGUGUGAUCUAUGUGGAAAAUCGUUUGUUUCCCGAUCAACAAUGAUGAGCCAUAGAAAAAAACAUGACAAUGCAAACGAAGUUCCACUUGACGUGAAAAAGUUCAAAAAACAGAAUUCACAGGAACAAAUGAAGACUAAACUGCCUCAGGAUGAUGAAUUUACAGACAAGGUUCUUAGCUACAACGACGAUAGUAAAGAGUAA